CGGACUGUCCCCCCUCAGUGGCUAGCCCGCCGCCGCCUCCUCCUCCGCCGCCGCCGCCAUGUUCCUUUGGGCCAGGGCUUCUGGCGGCCAUCUCUAGUCUUCUGCCGCCCCCUCGCGCUAGCCCGGCCCCGGCGGAGGCGGAAGGAGAGAACUAGGCGGGCCCGGGAAAGAAGCGACGGAGCGCUCGCCGCUCUUGCUGCCCGCCCGGCUAUGUCCGGGAAGGAGGGGACGCGGGCGCUUCUGGGGACGCUUCAGGGGACCUGUGAACGGGCCGUCAAGGCUGUCCCCUUUCCACCAACUCAUCGAUUAACAUCAGAAGAAGUGUUUGAUACAACUGGAAAACCUCGGGUUGAUAUUUUGAAGAAUCACCUAAUAAAAGAAGGCCGGGUAGAUGAAGAAAUUGCACUUAGAAUCAUCAAUGAAGGUGCUGCAAUUCUAAGAAGAGAGAAAACCAUGAUUGAAGUGGAAGCUCCUAUUACAGUGUGUGGUGACAUUCAUGGCCAAUUCUUUGACCUAAUGAAGCUAUUUGAAGUGGGAGGAUCACCUGCUAAUACAAGAUACCUGUUCCUUGGUGAUUAUGUAGACAGAGGAUAUUUUAGCAUAGAGUGUGUACUAUAUUUGUGGGUACUGAAGAUUCUGUACCCAAACACAUUGUUUCUUCUGAGAGGCAACCAUGAAUGCAGGCAUCUUACAGAAUAUUUUACUUUUAAGCAGGAAUGUAAAAUAAAAUAUUCUGAAAGAGUCUAUGAUGCUUGCAUGGAAGCUUUUGAUUGCCUCCCUCUUGCUGCACUUCUGAACCAACAGUUUCUUUGUGUCCAUGGUGGCCUAUCUCCAGAAAUAAAUACAAUUGAUGAUAUUAGGAGGCUAGAUCGAUUCAAAGAGCCUCCAGCGUUUGGACCAAUGUGUGAUUUAUUGUGGUCUGAUCCCUCUGAAGACUUUGGAAAUGAAAAAUCUCAGGAACAUUUCAGUCACAAUACAGUCAGAGGAUGUUCUUAUUUUUAUAGCUAUCCUGCAGUUUGUGAAUUUUUGCAGAAUAAUAAUUUGUUAUCUAUUAUCAGAGCUCAUGAAGCACAAGAUGCAGGUUACAGAAUGUACAGAAAAAGUCAAACAACAGGGUUCCCAUCAUUAAUAACAAUUUUUUCAGCACCCAAUUAUUUGGAUGUUUACAAUAAUAAAGCUGCUGUAUUGAAAUAUGAAAAUAAUGUUAUGAAUAUUCGGCAGUUCAAUUGCUCACCACAUCCUUAUUGGUUGCCAAAUUUUAUGGAUGUCUUCACCUGGUCAUUGCCAUUUGUUGGAGAGAAAGUAACAGAAAUGCUGGUGAAUGUUUUGAGUAUUUGCUCAGAUGAUGAACUAAUGACAGAGGGCGAAGAUCAGUUUGACGAGCGACUCAUAUAUGGCAAUAAAAAAGUAGGUACAGCUGCAGCACGAAAAGAAAUAAUCAGAAACAAAAUCCGUGCGAUUGGGAAGAUGGCAAGAGUCUUCUCUGUUCUCAGGGAGGAGAGUGAGAGUGUAUUGACACUUAAGGGUUUGACUCCCACUGGAAUGUUACCUAGUGGCGUGUUGGCUGGAGGACGCCAGACCUUGCAAAGUGCCACAGUAGAGGCAAUUGAGGCUGAAAAAGCAAUACGAGGAUUCUCUCCGCAACAUAAAAUCUGCAGUUUUGAAGAGGCAAAAGGUCUGGAUAGGAUCAAUGAGAGAAUGCCACCAAGGAAAGAUGCCCUUCAGCAAGGUAGCAUUAAUUGUGUGAAUACAACAAAUGCCAAUGGAAACAAUGGGACUGGCAGGAACAAUGCACAGUGACCGCCACAUUUGCUUUCUUAAUUUUUGUCUUGCCUGAGAAUUCCUACAGGACUGCUUCUUGAUAGGACAAUAGCCAAAACAUCCCAGAAAGAGCCACGUUCUCCAAGCAAAGCAAAAACAUUGCCUGAUCUUACAAGAAGAGAAGCCAGAAUGCUUUGGAGAUAAGGAUCAUGCUCCUGAAAAUGAUAACUUGGAUAUAAAUAGUGUGUUGUCAAAGCUGGUAUAUGUAGAGAGCUACAGAGACAAGAUCCAGUUGUUAUCAGUGUAGGCUAGCAUGUAACCUUUUUCUUUUUCUAAAUCAUUGUCAACACUUCUUACGUUUACAGAAUGGGAUUGUUUCUUCAGAGUAGACUUAGGUGGCAGUAUUUUUGUUUUUAGUUUUCAUUCAGACCUUCAGAUGUGCCCCUAUUUAUUUAAUGGUCUUAUGAACUGUCUUGAAAUGAGUAAGUUUUACAAUGGUCUGUUUUACAGUGGUCUUAUAAUAGAAUCUGAGGCUGCAGACAAAUGUUUUAAAUAUAUGAGGGAAAUGCCAAAAAUCUUAGUGACUACGUUAAAUGCUGGUAUCAGGUGUAAUGUUGCUACUUCUGUAUAAUGUUCAACAUAUUUUAGUUAAAACUUAUCAGGAAAUGUCUAUAUAGAAAUGUUUAUUACUUGAACAUAACUUUUGAAAAUAUUUUAAUGUAGAAUUUCUUUUGUCCAGCUUUCUGAGACUUUUCCCACACUUGAAUGUUUAAAGAAGUGUAGCAGUAUAAGCAUAGUUAAUUUUAAGUUACUUCUAAAUGAACUUUGUACAUUGUGUGUAUAGUAAAUUUAAUUCAUAUCAAAUCUGUAAAGCUUGGCUUUGUAUUUUGUGUAUGCAUGUUUUCAUUUUGCAAAUAUUUAAUAUAUGGAUUUAAAUUGUACAGGAAGGACGAUGUAUAGCCUAUGCAGCUGUUACGGAUAUUUUAAUGCAUUGUAUUAAAGUUGCUUAAAUAGCUAAUAAUUAUUGGACUGAGUGGGUACAGGUAUGUUCUUUUUAUUCUGUAGAAAGGAAGGGAAAGGGAAGGAAAGGAAAGGAAAUUUUGUGCGUACAUAAAUUGCUUCAUUAAUCUGGGAAUUAAGCUGGUAGCAGAAAUAUAAGAUCAAGAAGCAAGUUUAGUUUUCAACAGCUCCUGGAAUGGUCUAAAUAAAAACUGAUAUCAGGUGCUGAUUUAACAAGAAGUGCCACUUUCAUCUGCACCUUUGCUGGAAUUCACUUGAUAUUUUCCUUAUCCUUUUUCAUCCCAUAGGAAACAAUUUAAGAUUAUGCCAAUGGAUUUCAUCUGUUGACCACGAAGUACAAUUUGUAUGCAACCCUGUCUACUCUUAACAAUUUCAUGCAUUAUUUUAACCAUCCAAAUAUUUUAUAAAAAGGAGUGCACAAUAAACUCUUGUGCAUGGGCCACAACUGAUGGUGGUGUUGGCUUUCUUUGAAUAAUGAGACGACAUAAUGAUGGUGAUAGAAAAUAUGUCUAAUAGAUAUUUGAUCUACAUAUAUACUAGACUUCUGAUACACAUGCUGGCACCCAUUUCAGUGAAUUCAGUAUCAGCCAAGGUUUCUUGGGGCACUACCAAAUAUAAAACUACAGUAAUUGUACUGCACCUGCUGUGUCUCCCAGCUGUAUUUCUGUCCCAAGUACCAGAUCCACCUUAAAAACGUCAAAGGUAAUCAUAGAUUCUUAACUUAUUACCAUGUUGUUCUUGCUGUAGUCUAUUGCCUGGGGUAAUUCAUCCACUACUGUCACUGUUUACAGAACCUCCUAGAAAGGAACUGAAUAUCGAACAGAGGUCUUAUGUCAUUACCAGAUUUAAAAUGCAAGUCUCCUUAAUUCCGGCCAUGUACAAUUAACAAUCAUAUUGUUUCUGCUAUUGAUAUUCUAUGCCAAGGAUUUCAUUAACCACCUUUACAGUACAAAGUUUCAGUGGAAAAGAUCAGAAUAUCAAACAAAAGUCAUUAACUGGUGUGAAAUACAAUGACUCACACAAUUUGAAACUUACAUUUAUUUUGGUGCCAUGUAUAAAUGUAUAAAAUAUUGCCAUGUAAUCUCACUCUUAUGUCUGAGGGAGUGGAUUUGAUCCAUGAAAACUCAUAUUAAAAUAUAAUGGUUAGUCUAAGGUGCUACAAUGUAUGUCUUUUUUUUUGCCUAAUAUCCCUGGAUCAAGUUUACAAAAAAAA